AUUUCCGGUUCCGGCGGUAGGCUACAAAACUCUGCGAGGGAGGUUGUUUCAUUUUCCCGAGGUGGGUGGUACCUUCUUCCCUUUCAGCAAGAGCCGCUUUCAUCCCCGUAGCCCCCUUCCUCUGAGGCGGCACCUGCACAGGUGUCUGUUACCUCCUUUUUCCAGAAUGAAGACUGAAGGUUACCCAGAGACACAGAGAAACAGAUCAAUCAGGAAUUGUCGUGUAAGGUCACCACCAAAUGAGAUGAUAGCUGAACAACCAGAAGUUAUCCCAAUAGCUUCCCAAGUCCAGGUUCCACAAAAGCCUUCUGGGAUUCCACCAGAGAGCCUCUGUGAUUCCAUAGAAGACCUUAACUCCAUACCUAAAAGGAAUCCUCCCAGCCCUGCCACGUUCAGGCAGAAGUUCCGGAAGUUCCGCUAUGAGGAUGCAGCAGGUCCCUGGGAUGUUCUCAGACAUCUCCAGGACCUUGCAGAACAGUGGUUGAGACCUGAUGUUCACACAAAGGAGCAGAUUGUGGAAAUGUUGGUCCAAGAGCAAUUCCAGGCUGUCCUACCUGAGGAGCUCAGAGAUCUAGCACAGAGAUUCCAGCCAGGAGUCAGAAUUACUGGCUAAGUCUCACCCUCUUCUUGCAAAACCAACCUGUGAGAAGUAACCAAAGGUUUUCUUUGUUGCAAGAUUCAACUGCAGUCAUGGGAAAUCUGAAUCUCAGUUUUCUUUAAACUUGCCUUAGACUGGUUGUAAUAAUUAAUCACAAGCCAUGACUAGACCUCUCUUUGUUGGAGGCAGCUCUAUUUUUUGGGGGGUGGGGGUAGGGACUGUACCCCAGAGAAGAAUUUUUUCUGGUCUCUUGUUUGGGCAAUCAGCCUAAUGCUUGCUUUACUCUGCUGAAUGCCUACUUCCCCCCCCCCCCCAACUUUAUGAUGUGCUUUAGUAUAUUGUUUUUAUAUAUCCAAAGAGGUAAUUGCUUUAAUUUUCAAAUUUUUUUAUUCUUACUGUGGUGGCAUGAUUGGAAGCUUCUGUAAUCCCAUUAAUAACUCACUUGGGUUGUCCCUGAAAUAUUAAAGUUUGGUCCUUAAUAUAAA